GCUACUGUCAAGGAAAACAGCAUGGAGACUCCUCUCUGAUGAAGGACAAAGAGGCUUCUGUUCCACUGGUAUUCUACAGCUCCUCAGCCAAAGUCUCCCUUCACCACCAAGAGAAAAUCUCUCUCACCCCUACUCACCAGCAAGUUGGUUCCCCACUGCAGGAAAACACGCUCUGCCCAGUAGCGAUGCCGGAGAGCAGGUCCGUGUUUGAGGCCGCUCAGGACCCGGAGUUCCUGCACGGGCUGACCCUUGUCACCGGAGCCGCUGCGGAUGUGGGUGCUGCCGAGCCGGCACCUGUGAGCCACGAGAAACCUGCAGCACCCAGCUGUGAGGAGAAGGCCCAUGGGGUCGCCAAGGCGGCAGAGAGGAUGUGUUGCUUGACCUGCGGGCAGGUGUUUGGGAGCCGGGAGGAGCAGACUGAGCACUACCGUCUUGACUGGCACCGCUUCAACCUGAAGCAGCGACUCCUGGGGCGCCAGACACUGCCUGCAGAGGUGUUUGAGGAGAAAACCCGCACAGGUGAUGUUUCCAGCAUCUCAGGAUCUGACUCGGAUAGCUCUGAUGUGAGCAGUGAGUCAGAGUCGCUGUCCUCUGUCAGUGACACUGCCCGGACCCCCCAGAUUCCCCGCUCCCACAAGGUGCUGCUCCGCAAUGCGAAGGGCCAGCUCAUCUCCGCGUACCGCUGCGUGCUGGUCACUGGGAAGGGUGACACUGAGGAGCCAAUGGAGCUGACAGCAUCACUGCAGAGCAUCAGUGCAAGCACGUGCUGGGUUGUGCUGAUGAUGGGUGGCGGGCACUUCGCAGGAGCAGUGUUCCGGGGCCUGCAUGUGCAGGAGCACAAGACCUUCCACCGCUACACGGUGCGAGCACGGCGGGGCACAGCCCAGGGCCUUCGGGAUGCCCAGACCCCAGGGUCAGCACCCAGAUCAGCUGGGGCCUCCCUGCGCCGCUACAACGAGGCUGCACUGCUCAAGGAUAUUCAGGACCUCCUGGCAGCCUGGGCACAGCACCUGAAUGAAGCUCAGCGCAUCUUCCUCCGGGCCCCUCGUCAAAAUCGUGCGCUGCUCUUUGGUGGCAGGAACCCACUUCUCACCCGAGGGGACCCUCGCAUCUGCCAUAUCCCCCUCAGCACCCGCAGGGCCACCCUGCGAGAGGUGCUGCGAGUCCACGCCACGCUGGCCAGCCUGCAGGUGUAUGGGAAGGACACGCCACUGGAGGACAUCACUGGGUCCCCCAGGAAGGUCUGGCAAAAGAGGCAGCUGAAGGCAGAUGUGGAUCCCCCGCAGGAGGACACAACUGCCCCAGUCUUAUCACACCCCUCAGCCCCAGAGGAAGAGGAGGAAGAAAGCCCUGCAGGGGAACUGGAGACUGUAGAAGUGACACUGGGGACCUUGGACCUCCGAGAGUUCGAAGUGAUGCCCAAGCGAAACCGCAAAAGGAGGAAGAAGAGGGAUAAGAAGGUGGAGAAAGGGCCUUGUGCUGAAGAGACUGGAUACGAGUGUGGGCAGCCUGACUUGGAGCCAGUGACAGAGCUCCAGGGGGAGGCUGAGGCUGGGCUGCUUCCCUGGAGCAAUGGAGGAGACCCUCAGACCCAGCUCUGUGAUGCUCUGUUCACUGCCUGCAAGACAGGGGAUGUUCGGACACUGCGGCACCUCCUGGGUGUGCCAGAGGACGGGGGCCUGCCAGGGGACAGUGAGGACAGGGAAUCUCUGGAUAUGGCCCGCUCCCUGCUGAACCAGCCCGUGGACGAGCGUGGCUGCACCCUGCUUCACGUGGCAGCACGGGCCGGCAAGGCUGAGGCUGUGUGUCUGCUGCUGGAGGCGGGGGCAGACCCUGCCCUCAGGGACAGACAGGAGAGGACCCCAUACUGUGUCUCUGCUGACAGAGUGACCCGCAAUGCCUUCCGCAAGUUCAUGGUGGUCCAUCCAGACAAGUAUGACUACAGCCGUGCCAAGGUGCCAGGGCCCCUGACACAGGAGAUGGAAGCCAAGAAGCUGGAGAAGAAGCGGGCACAGAAAGCCCAGCGGAAGCAACGGGAGCAAGCACAGCGGGAGGAGCAGCAGCGCUGGGAGCAGGAGCAGGAAAAGAAACAGCAGUUUGCAGCCCUGUCUGAUAGGGAGAAGAGGGCACUGGCUGCCGAGCGGAGGUUGGCUGCACAGCUGCAGGACACCAGCAUGACUCUUGCCAACAUCAGCCGCUGCUGGCAUUGUGGAGAGUCCCUACUGGGACGGAUCCCUUUCCAUUACCUCGACUUCUCCUUCUGUUCCACGGCCUGCCUGCAAACCCACCGCCGGGCCCAGGCUGGCCGCACCUAACGCUGGAGACUGCUGCCACCUGCCAGGUGUGGUGGGGACAUGGCUGAGCACUGGCUGUGCAGCAAGGGAGACCCUGUGGAGCAGCAAUGGUCAGAGGGACUGAACUUGCCGUGUCACUCUCCGUGGCAGCUCUGGCAAGGCUCUGGGCAUGAAUAUCACUCUGGGUGGUGACUCUGGCAAAGUUAAUAACUGAGAGGUCUCCAUGUGCUCGUGUGAGGGGCUGGGACUGUUUGGUGGCCUGGCUCCAGCCACAGGUCCUGCUGCCAGCUUUUCUCAUAGCUACCUUGUGGAUUGCUGUCUGUAAGGACAGAUCCUGACACAUACAGACCCUGCAGCACUGAGCUGCCUGCAGCCAUGCUUGUGGACAUCCUCAAGGCUGUGCUUUUACCUCUCCUCUCCUGGCUGCCAUCAGCAUCUCAGUCAUUCUAUUUCCUCUUGCCUACAUUGUCAAUAAAGAGGUGCCUUGAGCCCCUGGCCACAGCUGGA